AUGGGCAAAGUCUGCCAUAGGUGCGGCCGACUGCACGAACGCAAGUCUCAGCACCACGCCAGAAGGCAAAGUUCCCAACCUCCGUCCUGUGGCUCUAUUCGUCACAGGUUAGCCAUUGUCGCUUGCAAGAAGAGGCGUGACAUCACCGAACCAAGGCAAGCGACCCGCCUCCACAAAUCAAAGCCUUCAUUCGAGCUUCAAGGCAGCACUACUAAAAAAAAGGCAGAAGAUUCGCAUAUCACUUUGGACUAA